AUGGAGGAUUUGGAGGAAGCACCCCCAGAGGUCCACCAUUAUGAGAGUCUUCAUGAGGUUCCUUGGGAUAUUCAGAAUUAUUGGGCCCAACGCUACCGUAUCUUCUCAAAGUACGAUGAGGGCAUCUGGCUAACAGAUGAUGCCUGGUUUGGAGUGACACCAGAACCUGUUGCCAAUAAAAUAGCAGCUGAUCUCGCCAACUCAGCUCCUGCUGACCGCAGUAUCCUGGUCGAUGCCUUUGCAGGUGCAGGUGGCAACACUAUUGCGUUUGCCAAGUCCGGGAAAUGGAAGCGAGUGUAUGCAAUUGAGAAAAAUCCGGCCGUUCUGCAAUGCGCAAAGCACAACGCAAAGAUCUACGGUGUGGACGACAAGAUCACCUGGUUCGAGGGUGACUGCUUUGAGAUCCUGAAGAAACAACUCAAAGAUCUUGCACCGUACAGCGUCAUAUUUGCAAGCCCACCUUGGGGAGGUGUUGGAUAUCGGUCGGAUGAAGUGUUCAACCUGCGCACCAUGGAGCCGUAUUCCCUGACCACUCUUUACAAGGAAUACGCGGCUUUCACUAAGCACAUGGCAUUGUACUUGCCACGGACCUCAGAUGUCCAACAGAUGGCAAAAUACGUUCCAGAUGGGCGUCAGGCAAUGGUGAUCCACUACUGUGUGGAGGGUCACAGCAAGGCAUUGUGUGUUUUCUAUGGUGAUUUCACCAUCUGA